AUGGGCGAACUCGACGCAGCAAGUACAUGCUCAGACAAGGAAAUCCUAGCCGGAGUAGAGCACAGCUGUGAGAUCAACACAGCAGACAUGAACACGGCCACAAUGAAGCUGGUUGCCUUGUCAGAUAUCGUUAAAGAACUUCGAAAGAAGAUGAAUCCCUUGAAUCCGUGGAGAGCACCUGCUCAGACAUUGCCCGACAAAUUAGUAGAUAUGUCAUUGGAUCACAUGUUGCGGGACGACAUAUUCACGCAGCUGAGAGGAGGAGAGCUCAAGAUGCUGGUCAAUAUUGCUAGUAAAACGGGUUACUACAAUAUCCGGUUCUCUCAGUCGUGA